AUGUUCUCUUUAGUGAAAUUGAAAACUCUUUCUUCCACGGAGGAAACAUCCAGAAGCUGGGCACACUUGCACGGAAAACGCUUUGCAAACCCAUUGGCAAACACAUCAAGACAAAGGCGUAUUUAUGGUCAUGCAACGGAUGUUGCAAUUCGUCCUCUAAAUGAAGAAAAGGUUGUUCAAGCUGCUGCAGACCUUUUAGGUGAACUCUUUGUGUUUUCGGUUGCAGGAGUUGCUGUUAUUUGUGAGGUGCAAAAUCGUUCCAGAGCAGAAAACCAGGAAGAAAGAAAUAAAGGCCCAGAUGAUGAACAGACGAACAGUCACCAUCAUGCCAAAGUGAAUGGCUGCUAG